UUAAUUGGCCACAAACUAUUUUACUGGCAACAUUAAUCUUCCAUUCGUGACAUAUAGCGCUGCCCCCAGUGAAAAGCGUUUAUUGGUUUGUGAGUGGGACUGGAUGAGCCCUAACCAGCCCAACACAGUCUGCUGGAGUUACGACACAAUGCAAUCAGCAGGAUAUUACUUUUUUUCCACCCGAGUCCUUUACGGAUCCAUCCGCCCUCUUGUCCACCUUUCAGCCAUUGCCUUUACCACGCCAACGUGACGGACCACAUUUUUUACGCAGGUGGCACCAGACACAUGACCGCACGGGGCCGAUCAACAGUGCACGUGGUAACCCCGGUCCACCUUCAGCCCAACCAGCACCUGUGUGUAAAUUUCCGUAGAAAAAAAAAAAAAAAAAAAAAGGGAAACCGUGAAAGUCAGUGAGAGAAAAGAAGGAGCAACAGAAGAGGAGUCCGGAGCGCGGCGCGGACGCUUCUUCUCUCCUCCCCCUUCAGACUCCACUCCAUCUCUCCCUUUCUUUUCCUCUGGCUCUCCCACGUUCUCUUCCUCUCCCUUUCUUAAAUUGACAUAGGUCUGGCUCGAAACAUGAUAACAGAAAAGCCUUCCUCCCCUCCGCGUUGUUGGGCCAUCCUCAACCCCGAUCACUUGAAACUCAAAUAAGCAGGCGUACAGAGGGAAAAGGAUCGCACGGUAUCUUGUCAGCGGUGCUCAGAGGGAGUAACAGCAGACCUUUCUACCACUCACACACCCUUGUCUGUGCUCUUGCGCAUCGCAGAUCUUAGAAAGUGCUAGUGUUCAGCUAGAAUGAAAGUUAACAUGUAUAUGCACGCUCUGAUACGCGCCAGCCUCGGAUUUGUAGGUUUCUGUUUGGUCGCCUUUGUCCAACAGUCAGCUGCAGGAAGUAAAACCGCUCAAGAUGUGGAUGAGUGUGCAGAGGCGCUUGACAACUGCAGUAUCGAUGCCAUCUGCCAGAACACCCUGAAGUCAUACAAAUGUAUCUGCAAGUCAGGCUACAAAGGAGAUGGCAAACAUUGUGAAGAUGUCGACGAGUGUGCAACUGAAUACAACGGCGGCUGUGUCCACGAGUGCAUUAACAUCCCAGGAAAUUACAGGUGCACAUGCUAUGAUGGCUUCCGCUUGGCACAUGAUGGGCACAAUUGUCUAGAUGUGGACGAGUGCUCAGAAGGCAACGGCGGAUGCCAACAGAUUUGCGUCAACAUGAUGGGCAGCUACGAGUGCCGCUGCAGAGAAGGAUUCCUCCUGAGUGACAACCAGCAUACCUGUAUUCAAAGGCCUAAAGUGCAACCGGAAGGUGCACAGGAGGGACCCACCUGCAUGGACAAGAAUCAUGGCUGUGCACACAUCUACAGGGAAACUAAGGGUGGCAUCUCCUGUGAGUGUCGACCUGGAUUCCAGCUCACCCGUAACAUGAAGGACUGCAAAUUGACAUGUAACUACGGUAAUGGGGGCUGCCAGCACAUCUGCGAGGAGACUGACCAUGGCCCAAAGUGUUCGUGCCACAUGAAGUUUGUGCUACACAGCGAUGGAAAGACUUGUGUAGCAGGGGAAAGGAGUGUCCAGUCCCCGGCAGCACCACAGCUGUUCCCCAAUGAGACCUGUGCAGUGAACAACGGUGGCUGUGACAGCACGUGUCAUGAUUCAGUGACAGGAGUCCGCUGCAGCUGUCCCGUUGGCUUCACUUUGCAGCCUGACCGCAAGACCUGCAAAGACAUUGAUGAGUGCCGACUGAACAAUGGAGGGUGUGAUCAUGUGUGUCGAAACACAGUGGGCAGCUUUGAGUGCAGCUGCAAGAAAGGCUACAAGCUCCUGACUAAUGAAAGAACUUGUCAAGACAUUGACGAAUGCUCUUUCGACCGCGCCUGUGACCACUUUUGUGUCAACUCUGCUGGCAGUUUCCAGUGCCUUUGUCAUAAAGGCUACGUCCUCUAUGGACUGGCACACUGCGGAGAUAUUGAUGAAUGCAGUAUAAAUCGUGGGGGCUGUAAAUAUGGCUGCAUAAACACUCUGGGAAGCUACGAGUGUACCUGUCCACCAGGGUACAAGCUGCACUGGAACAAGAAAGACUGUAUUGAGCUGGUGAAAUGUCCUCCUGGACUGGUAGCACCAAAGGCCACUCUGACCUGUAGCAAAACGGGAAAGAAAGAGAGCUGCUCUCUUACCUGUGCCUCUAAGGCUCACUAUCUGGCAGAAUCUGACAACAGCUACUCGGUCAGUUGUGGUAUUCCCAUCCUCAGAGGAAAGUCCCCCGCCAGGCUCAACUCCAGCAGCAGUCAGAGCUGCAUAGAGACUUCUGCUCCUCCAGUUAAGCAGACAGCUUCUUUCAAGAUUAAAAAUGCCAAAUGUCAUUUACACCCUAAAAUGACUGGCCGGACAGAGGACAGGGGACGAACACUAGGGCCAGGAGGAGGCCAGCCCUGCAGCAACUGCCUGGUAACAUUUGUCAACCUUAAAUGUGACUCCUCCAAGAAAGCUAAAGGGCGACGUGCUCGCAACCCCACUAACAAAGAGGUUACACACAUUACAUUGGAGCUGGAAGCUGAGGUCAAACCUGGAGACACUACAGGCAGUUGCAAUCUCAGCUGUCUGAGGCAGCGAAUGGAGAAGCAGGUUAAGACGUACAUCAAGGCUUUGAAGAAGUCCAUAAACCAGGAGCGCUUCCUGAUUCGAGUUGCCGGUUUGGAAUAUGAGGUGGCCCAAAAACUUCCCCAGGCUUCUCCCAUUCCGGAGAACUGUGGCCCAGGCUGGGAGAGGGACAAUGGCCGAUGUGUCAGAUGCUUGCCGGGGUCUUACUACCAUGGUGAGCAAGAACGCUGUGUUCAGUGUCCACCCGGCACUUUCCAGGAGAAGGAGGGGCAGCUGGCCUGUGACCUCUGCCCUGGCAGUGAUGGCCACGGGCCUAUGGGAGCACGAAACAUCUCCUCCUGUGCAGGCCAGUGUCCAACAGGGUCCUUCUCCAUCGAUGGGUUCAAACCUUGCCAGCUGUGUCCUCAGGGAACCUACCAGCCAGAUUUGGGACGGACCCUGUGCUUCCCCUGUGGAGGAGGUCUGAGCACCAAGCGGGAAGGUGCCAGCUCCUUCCACGACUGUGAAGUCAAAGUUCAGUGCUCUCCAGGUCAUUACUACAACACAACAGUACACCGGUGUAUCCGCUGCCCAGUGGGGACCUAUCAGACAGAGUUUAGACAGAACUACUGUAUCUCCUGCCCUGGGAACACCACCACAGAUUUUGAUGGGGCCACAAGUGUCUCACAGUGCAAGAACAGGCAAUGCGGUGGAGAGAUGGGUGAGUUCAUGGGUUACAUUGAGUCACCAAACUAUCCUGGUAAUUAUCCUGCUAAUGUGGAGUGUAUUUGGAACAUCAACCCGCCCAGCAAGCGCAAGAUCCUAAUUGUGGUGCCAGAGAUUUUCCUGCCCUCAGAGGACGAGUGUGGAGAUGUGUUGGUUAUGAGGAAGAACUGGUCAGCUACAUCCAUCACCACCUAUGAGACAUGUCAGACGUACGAGCGGCCCAUCGCCUUCACAGCUCGCUCCAGACGUCUCUGGAUUAACUUCAAGUCCAAUGAGGCCAACAGCGCCAGAGGCUUUCAGAUCCCCUACGUCACUUAUGAUGAGGACUAUGAGCAGCUAGUAGAGGACAUAGUUCGAGAUGGAAGACUCUACGCAUCAGAAAACCAUCAGGAAAUCCUCAAGGAUAAAAAACUGAUUAAGACUCUGUUUGAUGUGCUGGCUCACCCAAACAACUACUUUAAGUACACCACUCGGGAGUCCAACGAGAUGCUUCCCCGCUCCUUCAUACGUCUCAUAAGCAGCAAAGUCUCUGCUUUUCUGCGACCAUACAAGUAAAAAGGUCACACAGCUGCUGACACACCGGAUCACGAGCCCCCCUUUCCCCCUGACAUCCCCUUCCACUUUACAGGCCACAUACCGCAACACUCACAGGGCUUAAAAACACGACGCAUACUACUAUGUUUACCCUCUUAUUUUCCCAUAGGCUUUGACAAUAAAUACUAUGCAGACGUGAGAAAUACUGAACAUUUCCAUUUUAGUUUUUCCUUUUUUUUGUCAGCUCCAUUCAGCACUGGUUUGCAGUCCCGAGCUUAAACGUUUAGUGGGGAUGUCAAGUAUGUGAGUGGUUUUGGUUUCUAUUGUUGUGCAAUGAAACCACGUAAAACAAUAGAAACGCCUAUUUCAGACAGUAGGAGUGAUGUUUUUGUGCAUUGUUUGAACUUGAUAGAGCUUGUUAUCAUGUUCGUUUAAAUGAGCUCCAAUUCCUACCGCUGAGUAUGAUUGUCAGUGUUGUGUAACCCUGGUUCCAUCCUCAGUGUCCGUGCGCUGUCCUUGCAGAGGAGCGAUUGUUAAACUCGUGUCAGCUGCAUUCCAGGUCAUUCAAAGCCUUAAAAUAUCUGAGCUCUUAGAGCGGUUUUCAAGGGGGUUACUGUUAAGAGUUAAUCUAUGUUUUGUUCCAUCUGUGUAGACUGUGCUGGCAUUUUCCAACCUUCAGAUAAUGUUUGUUGCUCUUCUUGAAGCCAACUUAAAACAAAAACAUGGUUUGUCAUUUCGGGAACACAAUGGAUAUUCUAGGAGAUGAAUAAACUAAUAGAGAGCCACAGAAAUGAGGUUAUGUGAUGUCUAGUGGAACACGUGUCAGAGGGAGAGAGAGGGAAAUGAAUGUCUGAGGGACAUUAUGUUUGCUGCUUCUUAUAAAAGGUCACUUUAAGUCUUCAAUCUCAUAUCGCCUUUCUGAUAUACUCACUAAUAGUCUGUAGGUUUAAAGUAAAAGCAAGCUCAGAAUCUGAAAUGCUUUAGUUCUUACACAAAGUCAAUAAUCACACAGUGUCUGUCCGUGGACUACCAGUUUUAUUGUUUAUAUUUCAAUCUUGUAAAUAAUGAAAAUAAAUUAGACUAGGCUCGACUUCUUUAAUCCUAAUUAGUUUAUGCUAAUUUGUUUAUGAACCCCCAAUAACACUUUGUGCCCAUGAUGUUCGACUUGUCUCGAAUCCAAAGACGCCCUCCUCCCUCCCCCCUCGCCCCUCCUCUCCUCCCUCGCCCCUCCUCUCCUCCUAACACCCCACUCACAUUUGGUUCUGUCCAAAACCGCACAGAAAGGGCGGGUCAUGUUCUUGUGUGUACUAGACUUGGAACCCGUCAUCCUAACAAAGUGCAAUGAAUGAAAAUAACCAGAAUUUUGGUUACACCCAAUCUGUCAACAGCUUGUGAAAUAUGUUCUGGGCCACAGUUUUGUUAAGACUCACUGUAAUAAAUACUGGUCAGACACCAUGGGCAGAAGGUGUUUAGGUUUCAAUACAGUGUGUAACUGCUCUGUUAUUCAGAGAAAUACUAAAAAUAUUAAGUCUGUUAGAAUGUAAUAUAAUCUGAGUAUCUGAUGUGUAAAACACAGUCUUUGUGAUUUCAGAACGGCAACCAAACAGGGUAAAAUAAAUAACGUUUAGUAAGAAUCUAACUCUCUGCUUCAUAUUAGGAUCUGCCAAAUCACUGUCAAGUGGCAAGUGACACUGAUGAUCUCAACCUUCUCUUAAUCUAUAUUUUCAGCUCCCAAAAGAAACUAAAAUGAAUCAACACUUAGUCACAGAUACCUGAUGAAUAUUUCAGGGAGGAUGUUGUCUUCACUCAUGUAAAUAAAUAAAAAUAAGUGGAAUCGUACAACUCUAUGUACCAGCCAGUAUUUAAGAACCUGAACUUUAGGAUGACAAAAAGGGACUUUGACCGUGCUGCCAAACUUGAGGGCAAUGCUGGGCCAAGCCACAAAGAACUCGUGUCGGUUUACAAUUUAGUCUGAGAUUACUUACAUUUCUGUCUCGGCAUAGACGCCAUCGUGCAGGCAGUCCAGUGCACUCGCUCGGCCUAUGUACCCUUAUUCUCUAAAACUUCCCGUUGUACCAGCUUCUGCAACCUGAUACAUUUUUUUUUAUUGUUGCCUUUUAAUGAGAGUUUACUAUGAUGUAUCAUAGAGUUGAUAAUGAUAUUUGCACUUGAAUUGAUAUUGCUUAUGUAAAGAAAUGUCUGGAUUUUGUAUUGUCUUUUUAAAUGAAUGGAAUUGGUGUUCUUG